AUGUCUGUGGAGUGUAUGGCGGCUGCAAGUAAAAUAGUUUUGGCAAAAAGUACUACCACUACAUACUCAGCUACAGCUGAAACAACACCAGCAACAGCAACAUAUCCUUACCAACAACAGCAACUACAGCCACAAAGUGGGACGACGACUGGCAUCAUUGUCAACCAAACACAACGUCGUACUCUACAAAAUGCAAAACAGUUACACUUACGUCAACAACAAAUGGUGGUGGGUCAACAUUAUCAGCAGCAUCAGGUCUAUCAAGAGGAACACCAACAACAGCAACAGCAACAACAACCAAAAGCACAACAAUUGCAACAAACCGCUACCAUCUAUAUUGUUAAAAAAUCAACGGAUUUAAACAAUGUCAGACGCAUAAGUCCUCUUACCUCCACAACCAGCAACACCAGCAGCCACGUUAGCGGCAUCAAUACCAACACAAAUACCAGCGCAAUUUCCUCUACUGGCAUUGUGGUUAAUUACAACAUUAAUAAAAAUGCCGCAUAUCAAUCUAUGGAACAUGAUUUACCAGCACCAGUGCCGCCGCCACCACCAUCAUCAUCAGCAACAGCAGCUUCACUAACAACAAUAGUCUCAGCACCACCAUCACCUUUACCACGAUCAAAUGUAGCUUUAGCUGCACAACCAGCUGUAGCUGUAACAUUGGCCAGUGACAACGAGGACAAUGUUGAACUUUGUGAACGUUUGGAAUGGUCAGCUGCUCAAUCUUUGGUGGAAAUGAAUUCCAAAGAUAAACAACGUCGCAGCAGCAGUAUUAGUCGAAAUUUCAACAUUUACUCUAACACUAAUAAAGUCAGCAAUAGCAAUAACAGUAAACGAAACGCCAACAACAACAGCAACAUCAAUAUGACAACCAACAAUCAACAACAAUGUAUACAACUGCCAGCAACUAAUGUAUACUUAACAUCAGCUUCCACUAAUAAAAUCG